CGCCCUCCACGGCCAGCGAUAGGUCCCACCCUACCUAGGCGACCUGCGGCCGUGGGGGGCGGGGAGACGCGGCGGGGACGCGCGGCGCAGCGGUUGAGCGUCCGGGAGAUGUGGGCACCGAGCGGCCCGGGACCCGCGGGCUGGGACCGCCGCAGGGUGGGCGCUCGACUGAGAGCCGCACUGGCUGGGCUGCAGGAGCUUCAUGGUCUGCGUGCCACGCAGCAGGCGCGCGUGCGGGGCGCCCUGGGCCUGCACCCUGCGCCAGGGCCCCACGGCCAAGAGCUGCGGCUGGAGGCGGCACUGGCGGCGCUGCGGGAGCAGCUGUCACGGCUAAGGCGGCAGGACGCCGGCCUGAAGACGCACUUGGACCAGCUAGACCAGCAGAUCAGUGAACUGCAGCUGGAUGUGAGCAGGUCAUCCUGCGAGGCCCUGGACAGUGACAGCAGACCCAGCUCAGGCUUCUACGAGCUGAGUGAUGCUGGUUCCUGCUCCCUGUCCACCUCCUGUGCAUCUGUUUGCAGUGACCGCCUAUCCCCCUCACUGGGCAGCUGGCUGCCUGUGCUCCAGCCCUCGAAGUCCAGGUUUGGCAUCGGGGUCUGGCGACCCCGCUCAGCGGAUGAGACCACUGUCCCUGCAUGGAGCCCACAGCCCAGAGGAGAAGACAGCAGGCUCCUGGGUGGCGCGGAGGACCCAGGCCAGCUGAGGGGCGUGUUCCGGCCCAGACCAGUGUCUACAGGUGAUCUUGAGAGAGUCCUCCCAGCUGACCCGGGGCUCCAGAGAGCUGGUACUGUUGCUGAGUCUUCAUCCCUUCUCUGCCAAGGGAUAGAGGUCCCGGCCCACGCACUGGACCCCAAGUACCAGCGUGAUCUGAUAGCCAGGGGUGGCCAGGAAGUGUAUCCGUAUCCGAGCCCCCUACAUGCAGUGGCUCUGCAGAGCCCUCUCUUUGCUCUGCCUAAGGAAGCCCCAGGUCCCGACAUGAGCUCACCUCCCCAGGAGGCUCCUCCUGGCCCAGCUGACCAGAACAGGACUCAAACUGGGCUGAUCCAUGAGCUGGGCUCGGCGGAAGCCUACAUCCACAGGCUGUUGCGUCUGCGAGGCCCAGAGCCCCCCCUGAGAGAUGCUGUGCAGGAUGAGGGAAACAACAUGGCUCCCUUCCCACAGAAGCGCUGUGGCCACAGGUCAGACAGUGGAAGUCAGCUUGAGAAGUCGGCCUGUGGGGUAGACAGGGGAGGAAUGAAACCAGGUAGGGGAGCUGCCAAGGACAGCCUCAGGCAACAGGGGCCCGUGUCCCCUGUGGAUACUGAGCCCCUCAGCAGCCCCCUAAAGGAGGGAACGGCAUCUUGGAAUCCCCGUAUCCAUGGAGACAAUACCACAGGUUCCUCUCCCUGCUCCCAGGCCCAGCAGCCCCACAAUGAUUGCAGCCAAGGACAAGGUCUGUCACCAUCCAGAGGGCUGGGCCCUGAGAGCCCCCCUCUGGCUCCAGGGCCCUUUGCCUACCCACCCUGCACCCCUGGUCAAGCCUCCUCAGUAAGGCUGAGGGUGGGCUCUCCCCAAAGCAAGGUGGUGAAGGUCCGAAGAAGAGUCAGUGACAAAGUACCGCGGCUGGGGAAGCAGCUGCCACCGCAAAUUGAUAGACAGAGGGGCAUUCAUGCCGCGCCGCCCCCAGAAUGGGACCCCUCAUGCAGGGUUCAGCAGGGAGAGCCCAGCAGGAGGCCUGCACUGGCCAGAGAGCCUCCUGGACGCUCUUGCUCUGAGUCCACCCUCUACCCAGUGCCCUUUGUCCCGCUAAUGGUGGCCCAGCGGGAAAGUUACCCAACGUCAUCCCAAGCUCUGUUCCCAACGGAGGCAGCCCCCCUUAGCUCGGCAGUCAGUAGGAAGCAGCGCAGGUGGCAGUCCACUAUGGAGAUCUCAGGCAAAGCCUGCUCAGUCUGCCGACCUGGGCCCAGCUUGGGUCUCUCUAGGUCCCCGGCCAAGAGAGCAGGUGGUCCCCGGGCCCAGAGCAGGCCCACGUUUGCCCGUCAGGAUGCCUGUGCGAGGAGUGAGUCAGACCCCUCGGAACACUCUGCAGAGUGCUCCUCCCUGUUCCACUCCACCAUUGCCGAAACCAGCGAGGACGAUGAGGCCAGUGACCACACUGCCAACCGCUUUGGGGACGCGUCCAGCAGCAACGAGUCAGAAGGCGGUGUCCAGAGCAGGCGCCGUGGCCUGGCCAUCGGCAGUGCAGACGCUGGGCACGGGGCGCGGGCCUGGUCCCGCAUUUCCUUACAGCAGUCCCCACGGGCCCCAGGAGGCAGCAGGCCACCCCUGCCCCCUGUGCCCAAAUUGUGCCGCAUCAAGGCCUCCAAGGCCCUGAAGAAGAAGAUCCGUAGGUUCCAGCCGGCAGCCCUGAAGGUCAUGACCAUGGUGUGA